AUGUUCUGGGAUGCAGCUCGCUGGUGCCGUGACGCCCACUGCCAAGACCGCGGGCGGAAGUUGCGUACUUGCGGGCUCAUUGAGCGACCACAACUUUGGUCAACAGCUUUCCCAACACCCAGCGCAAUGGAUCUCGGCGAUGAAGGGAGUUCCCCGUGGGGAGAUGUGCCUUCGCGCUCGAGCUCGUCUCACAACAUCCCCAAAAUAGCCCAAGAGAACGAAGCAGCCAGUUCCGAACCCUCCAAAUCCGAGUCGACUUCCACACCCAAUGCCUCUGCCGCCCCUCGUUCCCCAGCAGGACGAGGUCCGCGAAAACGACAAUAUGGUGGCCAGGCCACGAAACUCGAAGCCGUGGAGGAUCCCCUUGGACCCCUGGGUGCUCCUACUCCAACUUCAGCGCCAGAGGCUUCUUCGGAACCUCCGCAGCCAGUACCGGCUGGCCCCGGCGCUCAACCAACAGCCAAAACAGCUGCCUCAAGCCUUUCGGGUUUGAUGGACUCAGUCAACCUAGAUGACGACGAUCAAGAUACAGCGGCAUCGCGCGGCCCACGUAUACCCCCUCCUGUACAGCCACCGACAGCUCCUGUACCGCAAAGACACAUACAGCCAAGCGUGAGCGUGGAACAAGCAGCAAAGCCAACCUUUUCAAUCUACGUUGGAGACCCGCACAAAGUUGGAGAUUUGACAAGCUCGCACACCGAGUACUCAGUCAUGACAAAGACCACCUCCAAGGGGUAUCGUAACCCCGAGUUUACUGUUUCCCGCCGUUACCGUGAUUUUCUCUGGUUAUACAACCAAAUGCAUAACAACAACCCCGGUAUUAUUAUUCCUCCACCACCAGAGAAGCAGGCUGUAGGACGUUUCGAUACCGAUUUUGUCGAGUCAAGGCGUGCUGCAUUGGAGCGCAUGUUGAAUAAGAUUGCUUCACAUACAGUACUUCAGCAUGAUGGCGAUCUUAAGCUUUUUCUGGAGAGUGAUGCAUUUAACAUGGAUAUCAAGAAUAAGGAGAGAAAAGAUCCUGGAUUCGGCGAAAGCAAGGGCAUGUUUGGCUCGAUGCUUGGCUCGAGCACUGGAAAAUUCGUUGAACAUGACGAUUGGUUCCACGAACGUAAAGUCUACCUGGACGCUCUUGAAAAUCAACUCAAGGCUCUCCUCAAAGCUACCGACAGUGUAGUGGCGCAGCGCAAAGGUCUUGCUGAUGCUUGCGGAGAUUUCUCUGCUUCACUGCAUGCCCUUUCCACUGUAGAACUUUCCCCGUCACUUUCCGGUCCACUUGACAGUCUUUCUGAUAUCCAAAUUCGUAUUCGAGAACUGUACGAACGCCAGGCCCAGCAAGAUGUGCUUACACUUGGAAUCGUGAUCGAUGAGUAUAUCCGCUUGAUUGGUUCGGUCAAGACAGCUUUCCAGCAGCGACAAAAGGCCUACCAUUCCUGGCACACAGCCGAAUCUGAACUUCAGAAACGCAAGGCAACUCAGGACAAGCUUCUCCGGCAGGGAAGGUCGCAGCAAGAUCGAUUGAAUCAACUCAGCGCUGACGUUGCUGAUGCUGAGCGUCGGGUACACCAGGCUAGGCUGCUGUUUGAGGAUAUGGGCCGCUUAAUGAGGGGUGAGCUCGAACGUUUUGAGAAAGAAAAGGUUGAGGACUUCAAGUCGGGCGUAGAGACCUAUUUGGAGAGUGCUGUUGAAGCGCAAAAGGAGCUUAUCGAAAUAUGGGAGACGUUCCUUAUGCAACUGGAUUCCGAGGAAGACGCGUUUGUUCCACCAGCGGGUGUUGUUGCCUCCCCUACCGGUGAACAGUCCCCGUCGCUCCACAAUCGACCCAACACACAAGAGUCAGAAACGGAAGAGGCAAGAACCGCGGUCGACAGUUCCCAGGAAGCGGAAGGGUGA